CUGUGCACAGAAACCACCCCACAUCCUUAAAAGCUGAGCAGCCCGAGAGCGACAAAGGACACCCGACCCCAACCUGUAAAACAGCAGCACCAUGCCUGAGCAGAUCAGCUUACCGGCCAAACUGAUAAAUGGCGGCAUCGCCGGCCUGGUGGGAGUCACCUGCGUCUUCCCGAUAGAUCUGGCCAAGACACGACUACAGAACCAGCAAGGGCAAGGCGUCUAUCGCGGGAUGUUUGACUGCCUCGUAAAGACGGUUCGCUCAGAAGGAUUCUUUGGAAUGUACAGAGGUGCGGCUGUAAAUCUCACCCUCGUGACGCCAGAGAAAGCUAUUAAACUGGCAGCUAAUGACUUCUUUCGAAAUACUCUUUCUCAAGAGGGGAAGGAACUGACACUGCUCAGAGAAAUGUUGGCAGGUUGUGGGGCUGGGACCUGUCAGGUUGUGGUGACGUCCCCCAUGGAGAUGCUGAAAAUUCAGCUGCAAGAUGCAGGACGCCUGGCAACACAGAGAGUCGUAGCUGGUGACGGACAGGCGAGCAUCUCUCAGCCCUCCCAGAAACCAUCCGCCUUACGGAUAGCGAGAGAACUUCUCCGAACCCAGGGCGUCUCUGGAGUGUAUAAGGGUCUGGGGGCUACGCUAUUCAGAGACGUCCCGUUCUCCGUCAUCUAUUUUCCGCUUUUUGCCAACAUCAACAAACUGGGACAAAAAUCGCCCAAUGAAAAGGCGCCGUUUUACCACUCCUUCUUUGCGGGAUGCGCCGCUGGAUCCGUGGCUGCCGUGGCUGUGACGCCACUUGAUGUGCUAAAAACGCGGAUACAGACACUGAAGAAGGGAAUUGGUGAAGAUACGUAUAAUGGGAUUAUAGACUGCGCCAGGAAGAUCUGGAGGAAUGAGGGUCCCUCCGCAUUUAUGAAGGGAGCCUGGUGCAGAGCACUGGUCAUCGCCCCUCUCUUUGGAAUAGCACAAGUUGUGUAUUUUAUCGGAAUAGGUGAAUUUAUUUUGGGACAUUCCAAGUAAGUCGCAGCACGAAAUCUGAAAUCUCUGGUAGAGAACAAACAUCAGGACAACAAUUCUGAGACCCUGAAUGAUUAGAGCGGAGCAAUGGAGCCAUCCUGUAGCUUCUAUUCUAGAAGAGACUUUUUCAUCCUCGACUUUCUACGUUUAUUGAUGUUG